AUGUCUGAUCAGCAGAGAGAACUCCAUAGAUCAACUCCAAGUUACGAAUCCUUGAGGUUCAUGGCAGCAGGAACACUUGGUGCUGUUUUGUUAGGCUUGUCCAGUCUGACCUUUGCAGGGACAGUUAUAUUUCUGAUCCUUGUUACCCCAUUCCUUAUCAUGGCCAGCCCAAUUCUUGUCCCGGCUGUGAUAAUUCAUGUCCUGAUCAGCGCCGGUUUCUUGUUCUCUGGCGGGUCUGGCACAGGGGCAUUAGCUGCGAUGUUCUGGAUGUAUAGAAACGUCCGCGGGGAAAACCUAUUUGGGGCAGACCAACUUGAUUUUGCUAGGAUGAGGAUUGCAAGCAAAGCUUGGGUUAUGAAGGAAAGAGCUAAAGAGGGUGGACAAUCUGUGCAGAACAAGGCUCAAGAGACUACUCAAGCCUAA